UCAACAGUCCCAGUCGAAACAGGGACGGAGACAGCGCAGAAGGAGGAAGAUGGUUUCGUGCGUCAUGUCAAGCUGGUGCUCCGUUUCAUGCACCACUCCUCCUCCAGCAUUCGGCGGUCGGCUAUUCUAGCGCUGCAGUCUCUUGUUUCAACAAGGGUCACUCAGGGUGUCGCCAUCGACAUCGUCUCCCUGGAAGUCAUCUUCGAUCAGCUGUUCCACCGACAGCUAACUCGCCCCGAGGUAUUUGAAACUGUCGACAUCUUCACCCUGAUCUCGUUGGUAGUUGAGGAGGAGGAGAAUAAGGAGGGUGUUCAGUGUCAACCAAGGCGGUUUGUGCGGUUUGCACACAAGAAAUCAGAUGAUCAGAAGAUGCCCGGACAGAAUCUAGGGCCCGUCGUCUUCUUCUUUUACCCUGCACUGGUCAUGCAUUUUUGGGUCCGCAUGGUGGCUGAGAGUCCUCUACCGACACUGGUUUCGGCCACGCUACAUAAUGUGGACUUUUGGCUCUGCCAGACCAUGCAGCCGACUUCGAUGCCCUUCCCAGACCACCUUCUUCGUUUGCCUGCGGCGGUAGGUGGUGGUGGUGGGGCUGGCACUACCACAGCACCCCCUGCUGUCGAGCAGCCUCCGAAAGGGCCACCCUCCUCCCAACAGGUAAAGCAUCAAGCCAAGCACUUUCUGCUCCCUUCCCCUCUUUGGCUUCUACUGCUCCUUUAUUUCGGUGUGACCUUCUAA